AUGACUGGACUACUUCAGCUGCUGUUACUGGUCAGCAUGAGUGUGGCUUCCGAGCCAUCUUGUCCUGCAUGCUCCAAAUAUGACUACGAGGAGAAGGUGCUCGAGAGAAUGGUCCGCAUGGAGUUCGCUUUUGAGAAAGUGUUGAAGGAAAAUAAGGAUGUUAGCAAAACUGUCGAGCAAGAUCUAACGCGGAUCAAAGAAGAAAACGAACGUUUGCACGCGACCAUUGAUGCCCUAAAGGAUCAACAGGAGCAAGCAGAACGCAGACUGGUUUCGCUCAUGGAGGAAGUUGAGAGAAACCAGUCCAGCACACUGGAGAAGAUAGUUUCUGAUUCUAACACUACGUUAGAACAAACUAUUACCGCAUUCAAUGAUUUAAAAGACCAAAUCGCUACUCCACUGGUAUACUUCCAUGCUCGAUCUCCGCAGAGAACCGCCCUGUCCACAGGUGAGGUGAUCGUGUACAAGACAAUUGAUACCAACCAGGGCAACGGAUACAGCUCCACUUCGGGCAAGUUCACUGCUCCAGUACGGGGACUCUUCUUGUUGCUCAUGCAUACAUGCAUAACUUUACAAAACUUCGAUUUUCUCCAGAUAGUUAAGGAAGGCUCAGUCCUCACUGGAACUUCAAACUAUGACCAAAACUAUCAUACCUGUUCUAGUAGUCAGGUGAUUGUACAGCUUGAUGGCGGUGAAACUAUCUGGGUACAAUGCUCCAAUGGGGGAUCUGACAGACAACUGUAUGAUCAUGCGCAUUAUUGGAACAGUUUUGGUGGUGUUCUCAUUCACAACUGA